GGUUGCGCGAGGAUCUAGACUUGCAGAGGAGUCACCGACAAGAGUUCUCUGAAGAGAUUCUGAACGAUGCUAAGCAGCGUCUGGAGCAGCUCCAGUACCACCAACUCGGGCACACGACGGACAUACAAGACUCCGAAGUCACCAAGGUGCUCGAAUCUCUUGUUGCCGACAAUGAGGUCCUCAAGCGUGACAACGCCGAGCUUCAAAACCUCCUUGCACAGGAACGUGAAGAGAUUCACACACUGCAGGAAGAACUUGAGGAACGGCGUGCUGGCGAUACUCUUUCUGCUCGUGGUCACCGAUUCACCCAGAGCGGUGCCUCGUACACAUUCCACGAUACUUCUGGUCCAUUAUCACCGACUUUCCACCUCGGCACUGCUCCCUCGGGUUCGAUUCUUCGCUCCAGGCUUCAGCGCGAAAUGGGCGCGAACAACCGUCGCUCUAUCAGCAACGAACGUGUCGAGAAGGGCUCGCGAGAGGGCUAUAAACCGCUUACGCCGGAGACGGAGCGGAGACCCUUGUCACCAGCGGAGUCGCACAUUGCCUCAGGCUCAAAGUGGACGUCGUUCACGCGCCCUAUGACUCCCAGGUCCGCUCUACACACUCCAUCCCACUCCACCUUCAGCCGCGACGUGGACGAGGAUGGUAGCAUGCUAUCCCCAGAACGGCCGAGAGCUACGAAGCCUCUCCUUCUCCUCACUCGGGAGCGCGGCGUUCAAACCGAUGGUCCUUGGAGUGGCGGCAAUAGCUCGAUGUCACCGUCGCCAAUACCUAGAAACUACGGAGACCAAGUAUCAUCGCACGAAGGCCACUCUGAAGCGUCGUCUCUCACCGACAAUAUUCAGACCACUGCUAUCGGGACGCUGGUCGACCGUACGAACCAACUACUCAACCGACUCACCCAGUCGGACGCCCUCACGCUCACCAACCGGCUUAAGCGACAACAUCUUCUGGGCGCCGAUGUCAGCCACCUUUCCCGCACAACUGUCAACUCGAUCGUCAACGACGUCACUGCUCUCCGAAGUCACUUCCGCGUAUACCUCGAGGACGAAAAGACAACGACGACGUGCACCCGUCGAGAUCUCCGUAGCCUUCUCAAGCUCCUCAAGGACGUUUUCACAGAGCUCGGCCAGAUGCGCGUCACGCUCAACGACGUCAUCCUCGACCCUACGGUCGCGGGUCGAGUCAGCGAGAUGGCCAUGAAUCCCUCCAAAGUGCAAAGUGCCGAGGCUGCGGCAGGAAGUUCAGGUGGUAGUGGCGGCGCCUCAGGUUGGAUCGCUCCCAUAUCGAAGCUCCUCGGCCUGCCUGGUGGAAGCAGCAAUCAAGACUCGGCGACGUCUGGCGCGUUCUCGUCAGCGAGGAACCUCGGCCGCGGACGUCCACCACCGCGCGUUGUCCCGAAGCUGCAACCUGCGCUCUCUGCGUCUGCGAUGACCGUGAACGUCGAGUUUACCGGCGCCGGUGUCGGGCGCUCCGUCACCAGCACGCACUCUGCGCAUCCUAGUCGGAUGACGUUCGGCUUGCCUGGCAUCGGCGGCGCUCCCCCAACAACGGAUAGCGCAGGCAGAGUGCCACCGAACAGCGCCCCCAUUGCUCAACCAGCUCCAAGGCAGGAUGUCUCGCGGCUGAUGGGUAUCUUCGCCGGGGCCCCCAAGCCUGCAGAACGUGACCCAUGGAUCGUCAUCCCGCGUCCCCCCAGCAAUACCGGGGGGGCGAAGAUCAGCCGGUCUGCGAGUGUCGCAGGCUUACGGAGCUCAGUAGGUACGGUGGGACGGGCAACGUUGCGCCCUCCCGGGGUGGUGGGCCGGCGGCUGUCGCGAAUCGUCGACGCGAUCAUCGACGUGCAGUCCCCCCAGCUCGACCACAACGACGACGGGGAGGGCGGGGACACAGUGGGUGAAGGCGCUGGGCCUCCCCCAGCACUGGAGCGCGCGCUGCGGCGGGGCCUGUCGGACUCGUCGAUCAGGACAACGUUCACCCAGCAUGGCGGCACGGAGGACCAGGAGCAGCCGUCCGAAGCGGGUCCGUCGCAGCCCGCGGAUCGCGAAGGUGUUCUCCAGGCGCUGUCGCGGAGGAUGCAGGCAUUCCGAUUCGCGACGGGCACGCCGUCCCCCGCCGAGGUCGAGGGGCUGCCCGUCGAGGGGGGCAGGCCGCGGACCCCAGUUGCAAAGUCCAACGCGAGCACGGGUUCCGGUAACGCGGCGUCGAAGCCAUCCCCGCCUCGGGCGAUCCCCCAGACACGGAAGAGGGGCGAGAGUGCGAGCGGGAAUGCGGGCGCGAGUGCGAGCACCAGUCUGUUUGGGCUCGCGUCGUGGGCCGCGCCGUACGACGAGAUGGAGGAGGCGGAGCGGCCGCGGGUGUCGGGGCCGUACUUUGCGGGAAGCCCGAGGGAGGACGCGUUCGCGCAGCGCAACUGGACGCGAGACCGAGAUUUCUAG